CCCCUCGGUUGAGCUGUAGCAGCGACCCCAAGGAGCGGAGACGUCGCAGCAGCAGCGCCAUUCCACCGUCCCUUCCCGUCCCGUCCGGCUCUUGCGCGCUCUUCGCCUCCUUUCUCCGCUCGCUUUCCCCGGGAAAGAACCGCUCUCUCAGGCUUCGCCAGCAUGCUGACCUGCCGCCUCCAGUGCGCCCUCGCCCUGCUCGUCUCGGUCGCCCUGGCCCUGAGUACCGUGGCCGCCGCCCCCUCGGACCCGAGGCUCCGGCAAUUCCUGCAGAAGUCGCUGGCCGCAGCGGCGGGGAAACAGGAAUUGGCCAAGUAUUUCCUGGCGGAAUUGCUCUCAGAACCAAGCCAGACAGACAAUGAGGCCCUGGAAUCAGACGAUUUGUCCCGUGGAGCCGAGCAGGAUGAGGUGAGGCUGGAGCUGGAGAGAUCGGCCAACUUGAACCCAGCCCUUGGACCCAGAGAACGCAAAGCCGGUUGCAAGAACUUCUUCUGGAAGACAUUCACAUCCUGUUAGCUGGAGAAACUUCUUCCUUUCCCUCUAUCUCCACCUCCAGCCUUUCCUUUCUUUUCCUGUCCCUUCAUGCCAGGAGCUGAAGACUGUAUUGUAUAAAAUUCAUUGUCAAGGUAAUAUGAAAAGGAAAAAAAAAACCACCUCACUUUGAUUUUGAAGUUGUUUUAAUAAAACAUUCAGUUUCAAUUGUACACAA